AUGAAGGGCUCCCUCCUUGCCGUCCUCGGUGGCGCGUCCACCGCCCUUGCCGCUGUCAAGGGGUUCAACUACGCCUCUCAAGGUCAAACCUACGACUCGUUCGUCAGCCAAUUCAAGACUGCAGCGUCUCUGGCCGGCACCAGUGACUUUACCAGUGCAAGAUUGUACACAAUGAUUCAGGAGGGGACGACCAACUCCCCAAGUUCUGCCUUCCAGGCUGCUCUUGACACCAACACGACACUGCUGUUGGGCCUCUGGGCGUCAGAAGAUCAAGCGACCUUCAACAACGAGAUCAGUGCCCUCCAGUCUGCCAUCUCCCAGUACGGCUCGGCUUUUGCCGACCUGGUUGUGGGCAUUUCCGUUGGCAGUGAGGACCUCUACCGGAUCUCGCCCACUGGCAUUGCUGCCAACAGCGGCAUUGGCCAAUCCCCCGAUGUCCUGGUCACUUAUAUUGGUCAGGUCAGGGACGCCAUCAAGGGCACGUCCCUUGCUUCCAAGCCAGUCGGUCACGUUGACACCUGGAAUGUUUAUGUCAACGGCUCCAAUGCCGAAGUUAUCUCAAACUGUGAUUUUCUCGGUCUCGAUGAAUAUCCCUACUUCCAGACCACCGAUUCCAACGACAUCGACAACAACGCGUUCCUGUUCUUCCAAGCCUAUGACAGAGUUGCCGCCGUUGCCCAAGGGAAGCCAAUCUGGAUCACCGAGACUGGCUACCCUGUCUCUGGACCCGUCUCCAAUCUCGCUGUUCCGGGUGUUGAUGCAGCUGAAGAGUACUGGCAACAGGUUGCUUGUGCGCUCGAAAACCGCGGCAUCGAUUUCUGGUGGUAUAUCCUGAACGAUGACGGAGCUUCUCCAUCGUUUGGUGUCAGCGAGAAUGGUCAACCCCUCUACAACCUCGCCUGCAACUCGACCGCGGGUUACACGGGCUCCUCGUCCUCCAACUCUUCGACUGUGUCCACCACCUCCAAGGGCAGCAACAGCACCUCGACUAUGCACAGCGGAUCCGGAUCAUCGACCACUCCAAGCGGCGGCAGCGCCACAGCCACGACAGGAGCCGGCAGCCCCAGCGGUACUUCCGGGGCUUCUGCAACUGGUGCGAACGAGGCACCCUCUGGGUCUGCUUCUGCAACGGCAACCGAAACUGCCACCCAAAGUGGAUCUGGUAUUUCCGCGGCGACUUCCUUCCCGGGGGCUGCUUCGCGGAUCGAGGGCUCAAUGGCAGGCCUGGCAAUUGCCGCGGUUGCUGCCGCAUUGUUCUUGUAA